AUGUUUUCUCGAACCGCCCUCAGAAAAGUCUUCGUCCAGCCAUGGACCCCGACAAGCAUCAUCCCAUCCACCACCGCCGCAAUCCUCCCUCAACGAGCCAGCCUCACAACCAACAGCAGCAAUGAAAGUACAACACCCGCCCCCGAGGCCCCAUUGAGCGCUACACCACGGGCCCAAACCAGCCAGCCAACAAAACAGUCCCCAGCCACACCCUCCACGCCCAAACGCCGCGAUGAGAUCCCAUCCACCAAACUACCCGUGGCGCCGACCUUUGACUCCCCGUUGAAAAUCAGCCAGUCCCUCCUCGAGAAACUCCCGUACCUCACCUCGCAAAAGCCGCACUACAUCACCGCCCACUUCCACGCGAACCCUUACCUCCUCACCGAGGGCGAUCACCUCCGUCUGCCCUUCCUCAUGCCCAAGGUGAAGCCCGGAGAUGUGCUGCGGUUGAACCGGGCGUCGGUGCUGGGUUCGCGUGAGUUUUCGCUUAAGGGGGCGCCGUACGUCGACGAGAGAUUGUUCGAGUGCCGGGUACGGGUUUUGGGUGUUGAUUCGGAGCCGAUGCGGAUUAAGGAGAAGACUAAGCGGAGACAACGACAUGUGCGGCAGGUGAAGAGCAAGCAUAGGUAUACUUUGCUUCGGGUGAUGGAUGUCAAGAUCAAGACGGCGGAGCAGGUGCUGGCGGAGGGUGCUGUUGUUGUCGAGGGUCAGGAUUCUGUCGAAUUCAAGGCAUAA